GUAACUUUGUUUCGCUGGGGGAGAGCUCGUAACCGUGCCGAAGCGAACAGACUGGAUUCCCCAACAAAUAAUAAUAAAAAAAAUAUUUUAAUGUAACAUUUUUUAAAAAACUUUUACUGAGAACAAUUCCACGUAGAGGACCAUUAAAGUGGAAUGAGUCGCAUGACCUGUUGCUUGUCUUCCUCGCCGUGUAGUUAACUACAAUCCAAGAUGUUGCUUUGUGGAUGGGAUGGCGACUGGUGCAGUUUGUGUGCGGACUCGUAGCUUUCGUCGGAGUACGGACAUUUACGCCUGAACUCAUCGUCUAACUCUUCUUUCUUGAGAAGAUGCAUGUGUCUCUGGCAGAAGCCCUGGAAGUUCGAGGGGGGCCGCUCCAGGAGGAGGAGGUAUGGGCACUGCUCAGUCAGAGUGCAGAAAGCCUCCAAGAUCUUUUUAACAAAGACCCAGCAGCCAUGGGCUUCAUCAUCUCACCCUGGUCCCUCCUCCUCAUGCCCUCUGGCAACAUUUCAUUUACAGACGAGUAUGUCACCCAGGAGGACUUAAGAGCUUUCACAGCCCCAGAGGUCAUGGAAGGCAACCCCUUGAAUUCAGUUUCUGACAUUGAAAAGAUGCAUAUGUAUUCACUGGGAAUGACAUUAUUUUGGGGAGCAGACUAUCAGAUCCCUCAAAGCCAGCCCAUGAAGCUGGGGGAACACCUUAACGGUCUCCUGCUCAACAUGUCUGAUGACAUUACGUUGAGUCGGAUGUCGCUGCGCACGGUGCUGGACAUCUGCAGCAAGCACAUCAGAAACUCCACCUGUGACCCCCCUUUCUCCUACAUUAGAAAACUGGUCCGGUUGGUGCUUGGCAGUCUCUCCCAGCUGGAUGGUCUGCUGACAGAUAGAGAAUCUCUUCCAGAGCGGAGUAAGGAGAUUCGAGAGAGGUUGAGAGGCAAAGGCUUGCCAUCCGGGAGGAGUGCCGCCCCCAGAGUUUUGGAGCGCUACAAAGCCAGAACUCAGGAGCAAGCGGCUCUCAACAGGGGCCUCAGUCGAUCUAUGGGCUCACUGCCGAUUCAGGACUUGCUGAAGGGAGAUGAGGGUGCAGCUCCCCACAGUUCCCUGUCUGACUACCACACAAAUGCUGACUCUUCCACAGAACUUUUCCCCAAAGCCCCUUCACUCCAGCACCAGCUUUCUUACCCCUAUCUGCACCCGCUGCACCCCCAAAUGAAGGGCCGGCCUGUGGAGCUGGACCGUAGGUCUUUACCCUACCAAGUCACAGACAGAGGGCCGAGUCAGCCCAGAAAGACCUGGGCCUCCUCUGUGGACUUGGCUUACAUCGACCCAGAAGCUCUUCGUUUUGGAGCUUUGGAAGAUGCCCGGAGAGGAAGCAGUGUCUUAAGCACGCAUUCUGUGGGGAGGCGGAAAUCACCUUUGUCUGUGACCAAGGAGGUGGAUUAUCGGUACUCUGAGUUUGGUGAGCUGAAGGGCAGAAUGCCUCAUCACUUCUCUGCCCUGUCUGUCGGCUCUGGGCUCCCUGCUGCAUAUGACAGGAUCAAGGAGAGACAGAGGAAACUCCAGGCACUACAACAGGCAGUAAACGACCCUGUUCACACACACCAAAGGUACCACAGUGACUACAGCUCAUCUAGUGAAAGCCCAUCAGUGGCCUCUUCAGAUCCAGACUACAGGCUUGCUAAGAAACCCGGCGAAGUGACGAGGUACGGCUCCCAGCUGGCGCUUGCAGAACAAGACGCCCUGUCACUGAGAAGCCACAACUCACAGAGACGCAGGCAAAAUGAAGGGCCUGCUGAUGAAAGUGCUGAGAUGCUCCUCCAGAGGCAAGAGGAGGAGGUGCAGCGGCUGCAGACGCAACUGGCCAAUAGGCUGUCCAGGGCCAACUUCUACUCUGUGGAUGAGCCCCUGCUCCAACCUCAGGCUUCAGCACUUGACCUCCAGGACCCUCUUUACACUCCUUUAUCGCUCCGCAAAAACAAGAACUAUAAUGGACCUGAGUUUGUGAAGAUGGCCAGCGAACCAUCAGUAACCUUAUCUGUGCCUUCGUCAAUCAUGCAACCAAAACGAAAUAAGGUGGAAGACGUGCAAAGGAAGGUGGGUGUUGUGCUCCUGAAUGGGCAAAAACUGGAGCUGGGCUGUGACCUGAAGGCAGUUUGCAAAGACGUUUUUGAUAUGGUGGUGGCCCACAUCGGCCUCGUGGAGCACCAUCUAUUUGGCCUUGCAUACCUCAAAGAAACUGAGUUUUUCUUCGUUGAACCUGAUGCCAAACUUACCAAAGUAGCUCCUGAUGGAUGGAAGGAGCAUCCCAAGAAAAGAAGAACCGACGUGCCUUUUAACCUUUUCUUGCGGAUCAAAUUCUUCCACGAUGAUGUCAACCUCAUACAGCAUGCUAUGACCAAACAUCAGCACUACUUGCAACUGAGGAAGGAUGUGUUGGAGGAAAGGAUGCGCUGCAACACUGAAAAUGCCUUGCUUCUGGCUUCCCUGGCAUUGCAGGCUGAAUUUGGUGACUACCAACCAGAGCUUCAUGGGAAGACAUAUUUCAGGCUGGAGCAUUACCUGCCAGUGUCCAUCUUGGAUAAGGUGGACCAGACAACUCUUCGGGAAGAACUGCCUAAACUUCACAGUAACUACUAUGGUGCAUCAGAAUCAGAGGCAGAGUUUGAGUUUCUCAAGGCGAGCCAGAGGCUGGCUGAGUAUGGAGUCCAUUUCCAUCGAGUCCUUCCAGAGAAGAGGUCUCAAUCAGGCGUCAUGCUGGGAAUCUACUCCAAAGGCGUGCUCAUUUUUGAAGUCCUUAAUGGAAAUCGUACCCCAGUGCUGAGGUUCCCCUGGAGAGAGACCAAGAAGAUUUCCUUUGCAAAAAAGAAAAUUUGCCUUCAGAACACAUCGGAUGAGGUCAAACACCUUUUUCAGACUGACAGCAACAGGACAUGUCAGUAUCUGCUGCAGCUGUGUUCAGAUCAGCACAAGUUCCACCUGCAGUCGAAGGCGCGACAAAACAACCAGGAGCUGCAGGAUCUUGAGAACUGCCCCUUGAGCAGCAGGCAAUACUCCGUAGACUCUCAGGGUGGAGACGCAUCAGCCCGGAUAGCACGCCCCAUCAGCCUGGCCCAGAGCUUAUCCACGCGCUCCAACCCGGACCACCUGAAGAGGAUCUCAUACUCGGAGGUGGCUCUCAACAAGACACCGGCUGGCUCAGUAUUAGUCCAUGACGAGCUCCACCUUCCAGGUUACAACCCGCUAGCCUCCACUGCCUUAGCCCAUCCACGAUUGAUGAGUCGGUCCCACCACAACCUGGCACAGAUGUCAGAGUCGGAGCAGAACCCAGUGUUAGAUUUGCUCCGUUCGUCAAACGCCAGAUUGACCCAGCCCCAGUUAAACCAGGCAACUUCCAACUUCCAGCAACAUCAGCGGGCAAGCUCAGACACCGAUUCAAUUUCUCAUCUUCAGGACAAGCCUUUGGGUUCAGUUCUCCAGAACAGCCCAUCAUGGCACCUCGACCAGUCCAAAAAGGAGUCGGACUCAUCUUCCAUUGAGGACAAUGGCCAAGCAUAUGUAGUUGGUGUCAGUAUGCACAGUUCCUCUGGAGCUCCUUCAACUCCAGCUUCUGCUAAUGAUUCUUUGAAGAAAAAGCUGAAUGAGCUGCCAUCUCUAGAAAGAGAGAUCACAACUGUAAACUUAAAGAAAGAUGCAAAAUAUGGGCUGGGAUUUCAGGUUGUUGGAGGGGAAAACUCUGGCCGUGCAAACCUCGGUACUAUCAUUAGCUCCAUCACUCCUGGAGGUCCUGCUGAUCUAAACGGACUUCUAAAACCUGGUGACCGGCUGAUAUCUGUGAAUGAUAUAGACCUGGAUGGAUAUCCUUAUGAUGAAACGGUUAACAUCCUUCAGAGUGCUCCUGAUGAUGUCACUCUGGUAGUGUCACAACCAAAAGAGAGGCUGUAUCAGGAUAAACAUUCUUCUCCAUUUCUUCCCCAACCACCCAAAUCAUAUUUUAAUUCACCGAAACCUGCUCAGAGAUCAGAGCGAGAGGUUGACCCAUCAUUAGAGGAACAUCAUGGCACGGUCAGCUCCAGUCUUCCUCUGCAGGGCGCCGGCACUCCUACGUCUGCCUCCUCUUCUAAAAUCAACCAGCCGCCUCGUGAUAGACUUCAGCAGGCGCUAGAAAGAGUGAAAGCUGCUGCCUCCUCUGAAACCGCUACUGAAUCUCGAGAACCAGAGCCAAAGGCUGUAUUGAAUCAGUUGCCUCCAGCUCUGCCUCCAAAAACUAGAAGAGUCAAACUUUCAGUAGUUCCUCCGGUUUCUGAGCAGUCCGACAGGGGGGAUACAGACAUGGAUGAAGAGACUUAUUCCAAUAGUCAAGAGAAAGUGAAGGCUAAAAAGGAAAACAUCAUGGAAAAUUUAAAUGGUAAUGCCCCAGGGGUCAAUAGUCUCCGUCCAGGAGAUCUAUUUGACGUUGAGCUGUCCAAAAUAGACAGCAGCCUGGGCAUAAAUGUCACGGUACUGUUCGACAAGGGUGGAUCUAAUACAACAGUGCGACAUGGAGGCAUCUAUGUCAAAGCCCUGAUACCUAAAGGAGCUGCAGAGCUUGAUGGGAGGAUACAGAAAGGUGAUCGAGUAUUAGCGGUCAAUGGAAAAAGUCUAGAGGGAGCUACUCAUCACCAGGCUGUUGAAGUCCUCAGAGACACAGGCCAGACGGUUCACUUGCACCUGGAGAAAGGUCUUUCACCUAUGAACAGCAAUCAAGCUCCCCUCACCCCUCAACCCAACACCCGCAUGUCUGCCAAUAACCACACUCAAGCAAAGGACAAGGAGCAGCCACCAGAGGCCAAAGAUAAACCCGAGUACAGCUUUGUCACGCAAGAUAACAUGUUUGAGGUCCGUCUGCUGAAGAACACUUCUGGACUCGGCUUCAGCUUCAGUCGAGAAGAGCACGCCCCUGAUGAGCCCAACGGCCCCAGCCUGGUGAGAGUGAAGAAGCUUUUCCCGGGGCAACCAGCUGCAGAGAGUGGCCGCAUUCAUGUGGGCGACGUCAUCUUGCGAGUCAACCAAACCUCGCUGAAAGGACUCUCACAACAUGAGGUGAUAUCAGCUUUACGAGGAACUGGACAGGAAGUGACGCUCCUGCUCUGUAGGCCUGAAAAAGGUGUUCUUCGAGAUCUGGAUGCCUCAGCUUUGACACCCAAGCCAUCACCUAGGAAGGUGCCUGUAACCAUUACAGAACCCAAUCUGAGCUUGAACAGAACAGCAUCUCCUCCAGGGACGACUCCGAAAACUGCCGUGGAAGAGGCUCUGGCGAGGCUGAACUUCAAGAGCCCCGGCCGACACAACAGCUACAGCGACAGCACCGACGGUGAUGAGGAGGUGGAGAAAGCUUUCACCUCCAGCGCCUUUGAGCACAGCUUGCAAAACUGGGACAGGAGUGUCUAUCAAACGCCAGGUGGCAACUCAGAACUGGGACGCUUUGACAGCUCCGGUCAGCUGGACGGCACUUUCCACUCUGCUUUUUAUUCUCCGAUCCUCUCAAAGACAAGAUUGGACCUCAGCAACAGGAGUUCUUCAUCACCUGUGGAAGUUGAUAUGGAGUCAUCUCCUCUGCCUUUGACAUCCUCCGCCUCUGCCCCCAGUCCUGAUCCCCUGCCCCCUCCACUGUCACUACCCUUAAAAUUUAAAGUCCCCAGCAAUGCACAGGAUAUAGAAGAAGUGAUCUCGGAAGCAGAGCUGAUGAUUUCUUUGUUGAAGUCAGAUAAAGGCAGUCUUGGUUUCACCCUCACCAAAGGCAACGAUCAAGGGUGUUACAUCCAUGACAUUGUCCAGGAUCCGGCCAAAGCAGAUGGACGGCUUAGGCCUGGGGACCGAAUGAUCAAAGUUAACAACACAGAUGUGAGUACAAUGAACCACACUGAGGUGGUCAGUCUGGUCCGUGCAGCCCCUCCUCUUGUUGAUUUGGUGGUUGGAAGGAUUCUGGAAGCUCCCAAAUUCCCAGUGGAAGCCCACCUGCUCCCUGAUAUUUGCUUCAGGAGCAACCAAGAGCCACUGGGAUUGGUCCUAGAUGGGGGAAGGGACAGCAUUUAUGGGGUCUUAUUUGUAAAAGAUGUCAUACCAGGUUCACCAGCCUCAAAAGAGGGAAGCUUGAAACCACUUGAUCUUAUCCACUACAUUAAUGGGGCUCCAACCCAGGACCUAACUCUGAGUGAGAGUACCAGACUCCUGGAGCUGUCCCAAGAUGACCUUUGUCUGAAGGCGACAAGAGACGGAAUGCCUGUAUCUCCUGAACAUAAACAUGUCACUUUCCUGGACAACAUUGGCUCCAAGCUGUCAUCCAGCAUGAAUGGGUUUCCUCAAAAGAACGGUUCCAGAGACACUGAGGAUCUGGCCAGACUUUGUCCUGCAGAGGAGGAGAUUAUAACGUUGGAUCUAGAGAAGCCACCGUCUGGAGGCCUUGGUUUCUCUCUAAUUGGAGGGGAGAGGGGAAUCUUUGUGAAGUCCAUUACUCCAGGUGGCGUCGCAGAGUCCUCAGGACAGCUGCAGGUUGGAGACAGGCUGCUUAAAGUAAAUGAUGACCUAAUGACUAAUAUCUCCCACACCAAAGCCGUCACUACCAUUCGGAAAUCUAAAGGUCUCGUACAUAUGAUUGUUUCAAGACCACCUGAUCAGAACCCAAACACAUACCUGGCCUAUCUACCUAUGAACUCUGACAAGUGCAAUGGUAACACAGAUCUGAGUGAGGACAGCGGAGUGACCACUAAACUUCGGAUGUUGGUUGAACAGAAAUCCACCAACAUUCCUUCCAUACCACCAAUAGACUACGACAAUGAUCCUCUUGAGGAGAAAAAAGACACAGAGCUUUCAGAGGACACAGACUGUGAUGGAUCCUCUUUACCUGAAGACUCUCCUGUGAGUUCUCGGAAAUCAAUAUGGCAAGAAGAGAGUGUUGAUGUCCCAAGGAAUGAAAACAGCUACCUGCAGAUGAGUGCAGUGCAGCCAGAAGAUGAGGACCUCACAUGGGGAAGUGAUGAGCUCCCCAUAGAAAAGAUCAGCUCCCAGUCAACAGAUGACAAAUCAAUCAUCACUAAGGACCAGCUGACUGCUUUACCCCUUGUCAAAGUGGUUCCUGGUGGCCAGUACACAGGAACUAAUCUCCACUCUAAAGUUCGCGUGAUAAAGGGGCUCCUGGACCAGAAAAUCCCACUUCAAGAAUUUGAAAAUCUUCAGAAUCUACAGCCACUCGAUGACUGCUUAGUUGGUCAGACCAAGGAGAACAAGAAGAAGAACCGCUACAAGAACAUUAUUCCAUUCGACACGACUCGUGUAGUUAUUGGCAAAGAUGGUGGAUACAUCAACGCCAACUUCAUCAACAUGCAAGUGAAGAAUGAGCACUUCAAGUACGUCGCCUGUCAGGGACCUUUGCCCACCACACUGGGCGACUUUUGGCAGAUGGUGUGGGAGCAGAAUUCCAACGUGAUAGCUAUGAUGACUCAGGAGAUCGAGAGCGGCAAAGUGAAAUGUCAGCGGUAUUGGCCGGACACGCCGAGGACGGCAGAGAUGGUGGACGACAGGUUGCAGAUAAAGCUCGUCAAAGACCAGCACCUAGACCACUUUGUCAUUCGCCUCAUUGAGGUCAAAGAUGUCCAGACUAAUGAAAGGAAGCUUGUCACUCAUCUGAACUACACCGGAUGGCCUGACCAUGGAACACCCUCUCAACCCGAGCAUCUGCUCACAUUUAUUUCCUACAUGAGACACAUUCAUCGAUCAGGACCCGUCAUCACACACUGUAGCGCAGGCAUCGGUCGCUCAGGGGCCCUUAUCUGCAUAGAUGUGGUUCUGGGCCUCAUCAGUAAAGAUGCAGAUUUUGAUAUUUCAGAUAUUGUGCGAAAUAUGAGACUUCAGAGACAUGGAAUGAUCCAGACAGAGGAGCAGUACAUUUUCUGCUAUCAAGUGGCCCUCUACGUCCUCAGAUGCCUUAAAGCAGAAGAAAACAUCUCAGGAUAGUAACCAUAUCUUCUAGGUCCUGGGUGACCAGCCAGAGCAAAGCAGAACAAGUCAAUACAGGCAGAAAUUGGCAAAAAUUACACUGCUCUUUAAUGCCUCAUCUAUUUUUUUCUCCAAGAAUAAAUCAUUUAAGAAGUAUAUUUUCUAUUUUCGCUUUUUGUUCUCUAUAGCUGCUGCUCUUUUUCACUGCAUUUAUGCAAGCUGCUGAUUGUAUUUCCUAUCAAACAAGAGAACAUUAAUGUUUUAUUUUUCCUUUAGAUUUUUUUUUAUUGAUGAUGAAAUGAUUUUAUAUUUUAUGUGGAACAUUUAUGUGUAUUUUGAUGCUUGAACUGGCCUUGACAGAAUACUGUGUCAGUAUUUGCUAUUUAAAUCUAUUAUGCAGUUAUUAUAUACUGCCUGAGGCAAAUGAUAAACUGAAAGUGUACAUAUUAAUCUCUGGAAAAUUCAACUGGAUAUGUUUGAAAUAUUAUGUAGAGGGAAAUUUCUUUCAAAUAAGAUCAAAUAUUAAAAGUUUUAUUUGUCUUGUCAUAUUUUAUUGUUACGUUUAUUAUUGCAUCUUACAGCUGUUUCGGUUGCAUUCAUGCUAUAUAAUACAAUGGCAGUCACACUCCAAGCUUCAAUCAUUAUAUUGUUAAAUACAAUUCUGGUGGAUAACAAUCUCCCAAAAUGUCAGAAGAAGAAACAUUGCUGUAUUUACUUUAUUACCCCUCCGACAUAGAUGCCAUAAAAGUGACUGCACUCUAAAAAGUAUUAUAUGGGCUGAACUUGGUAUGUGGUAUGUUGUGCUCUAUUGAAAUGUUAUUGUUCGACUUCACGUUUACACAAUAAAACAUUUUGAGUCUGAA